AUGCAAUAGUUUGAAGGAGAGGAGGAAGAUUUUAGUAAGGGAAGAAGAAUAAUAAAAUUGAAUGAGGAUGAGGAAUCGUUUGUAUUUCCUUUGAUACCUGAUAUCCUGGAUUUGAUUUUCUAAUUUUUAACACCUUUUUAGCAUUUGUAAAUGAGAUUGGUUUCUCAUCAAUGCAAUGUUGUGGUUUUACAAUGCUUGAAAAGAUUUCUGGUCACACAAGUACAAAAAGGAACGUUCCAAUAGUUCAAUAAUUUUAUCAAACAAUUUUCAUCAUUAACCAAAAUAAAGUUGCCUCCAAUUUCAUCAGAUCAACACAAAUUAUGUGACGAAGUAAAUCCACAGUAUCUGACUUAAGUUAUUUUCCAUGAUUUCCUGAAUGAUUCAUAAGCUCAACAAGAAUAUUUAAAAGAGUUUUUCCAAAAGUAUACAGCCAUCAAUUCUGUUGGAAUCAAUAAGUUCUUAUCACUCAAAUGGUUGCCCCUCGAGAAUAUUAAGCAAUUAGAUUUGUCAUCUGUAAUGGAACUUAAGGAUAAAAGCUUUUUGGAAGGUUGUAGAAGUUUAGUUUCUCUAUCAUUUCAUGUAUAAGAGAUAAAUAACUUCUUUUCUACCAGCGAAUUUCCACCCUUGGAAUAAUUAAAGGUAUUAAAAAUCAAGUUGUGGGGACCAACCUUUAAAGAAGAACAUUACUAAAACUUUUUAAAAUUUCUGGAGUCAAUCAAAAACCUUGAAAUAUUGGAAUUACUAUUUUGCUCUUACGAAUCAAACAGCGUAAAACAAGAUGUAUUUAAUGCAUUUGUUACCAAACUACCUUAACUUCGCAUCUUCUAUGCAUUUUCUUGUUAUGAUCAAAUCUAGAACACUUAAUUUCGACAUAGAUAUGAUUAUUUAGUAAUUGAAAAUAAUACAUACAUUAAAUUGAAAGCCUUGGACAUUCCAACUUUGGAAACAAUAAUGGCUUUUACUAAUAUCUUGGAUAUAACAAAGUGCAAACUAGAAGAGGACAACGAAAAAUAAAUCUAACAAUACUUGGAGAAAUUAAGAGAAAAUACAGCGCAAAAAAAUGAAACCAUUUUGAAAGUGUCUUUUGAAUAGAAGCAUAUCAAGGCUGAAUAUGUAAAAUUUCCGAAAGUACAAAAAAAUAGCGAGUUUACUACUUUUUGGAAUUCUGGUCAUUAUUCUAUUUGA